UUCGCCGAGGGUGGCUUUUUGAAAACGUUGGCGGCUGAGGAAGUGGGACAUCUUAAAGGCUGCGCUCUACGCGUUUGGAAAUUUAACGCGACAUAUCUUCAUAACGAUGCAGAAUAAAGAAAAUUAUGAGCCUCGGGGUUUACAAAGACCAUUUGCAACCCCAAGUUUGGAGGGAGGCCCACAGCGUGUUCUGGUGAAGCCACGUGCAGAAAUGGACAAAAGUUCUGUCACAGGCCCAGGGAGAGCAUGUGUUGGUUCAUCCUCAGGCUUACCAAAGAAAGUCACCAUUGAUGACUUUGACAUUGGUCGACCACUAGGGAAGGGCAAGUUUGGUAAUGUCUACCUGGCAAAAGUAAAAAAGCUACAGGCCAUCGUUGCACUGAAGGUGUUAUUCAAGUCGCAGAUGGAGAAGGAGGGUGUGGAGCAUCAGCUCAGGAGGGAGAUUGAGAUUCAGGCACAUCUCAAACAUCCCAACAUCCUGCGCUUCUACAAUUAUUUCCAUGACCGCAAGAGAGUAUUCCUAGUACUAGAAUAUGCUCCCCGUGGGGAAAUGUACAAAGAGCUACAGAGAUGUGGAAGAUUUGAUGACCAACGUACUGCCACAUACAUGGAGGAGAUAUCUGAUGCUUUGUUGUACUGCCAUGAGAGAAAAGUGAUUCAUCGUGACAUCAAGCCAGAGAAUCUGCUUCUCGGCUUUCGUGGAGAGCUGAAAAUUGCUGACUUUGGUUGGUCUGUUCAUGCACCGUCUUUAAGACGUCGGACCAUGUGUGGCACACUGGACUACCUCCCUCCAGAGAUGAUUGAAGGGCAUACCCACAGUGAGAAGGUGGACCUGUGGUGCAUUGGGGUCCUCUGCUAUGAAUGCCUAGUUGGCAACCCACCUUUUGAAACUGCCAGCCAUUCUGAGACCUACAAAAGAAUCAUGAAGGUGGAUUUGAAGUUCCCAAAGAUUGUCUCAGAUGGUGCUCGGGACCUGAUUACUAAGCUGCUCCGCCACAACCCCAUCGAUCGCCUCCCAUUACAGAGUGUCAUUGACCAUCCGUGGGUGCGCGCAAACUCUCACCGGCUCCUACCCCCAAGCUACCCUACCAAGAAACACUGAACCCACCUGUUUAGCCCUCUUCCCUCCUUCUAAAUGGGUCUUUUAUAUUCUCCACAAGAGACACUGGGCCAGCAUGAUUUAGCUUCACUGCCAUGUGUACCCACUUUUUAUGUUGUACAGUGUGGUGUUAUUAUCAGUGUUGAGUACUUUGCCUAGAAUUGUUUGUCAUUUUAUUGUUAUGUCUUGUCAUUUAAUUGUUAUGUCUUCUCUGAGACUUUUAAAAUUGGUAAAUGCUGUUUUGAAAUUCUGUUUCUGAUGGUGCUCCACUCUGAGUACCACUAGACUGCCUUGAGUUGAAUAUAUUCUCAAAUAGUAACAGUGAUGUUUUUGAGGGGUGUGGUUAAAAGUCUUUUUCCUAUCUGACCUCAAGUCCUUGCUUCAAUAUUCUAAUAAAUGUUAUAAAAGGA